AUGCAUCUUUUUGUGGCCCUUAUCCUGGCGGCCAGCGGCAUAACCAAUGCCCUUAACUGCAAAUGUACUCCUUCUGACUCCUGUUGGCCAUCCGAGGAUGAUUGGGCCUCUCUCAAUCACACCGUGUCCGGAAGGUUGAUCCGAACUGUCCCAGCAGCAGCCGUGUGCUACCCCAAUGAGCCCAACUAUAAUUUAGCAGCAUGCAGAGCCGUGCUAGGCAACUGGACAAGAUCGACCUUCCACGCGGCAGAUCCGGUCAGCGUCGAUGAUCCGUUUUGGUCCAACAACAGCUGUAACCCGAUCUACCCAAAUGGAACAAGCAUCACAGGCAACGCGCAUGCAGGCCAGCAGGGUUGCACCAUCGGCAACUACCCGGUUUAUGUUAUCAAUGCCACGGAAGCAGAACAUAUCCAAGGCGGGAUUCGAUUCGCAAAGCAGUGGAAUCUGCGGCUGAACAUCAAAAACACUGGCCACGGGUCCGAACGCAGCAUCAACCACGGAAGUUUAUCGAUUUGGACUCAUCAUAUGAAAGAAAUUCAAUUUCAUGAAAGCUUCCAGCUUCACCAGUGCAGCAAGCUCGGGUCAGGGGGAAAUGCAACCUUCAUGGCUGCUACUCUCGGUGCGGGAGUGCAGGGCGGAGAGAUGUUUGAAGCACUUGCCAAGCACAAUGCCACAGCCGUUGGCGGGACGAACAUGGAUGUUGGUGUUGUAGGGUGGGCAACCGGGGGUGGCCACGGGCUGGCUACGGGCAUAUAUGGGAUGGGCGCGGAUAACAUUAUCGAAGCCAAGGUUGUUACUCCGGCGGGCGAUAUCGUCAUCGCGAACGCCUGCCAACAUGAGGAUCUCUUCUGGGCCAUUCGAGGCGGGGGCGGUGGCACCUACGGAGUGAUUGUCUCAGUGGCCGUCAGAGCUCAUCGUAUGCCCAUGCUAACAAUGAUCAAUCUCAUGCUAUCCGCCAGAAAUACAACUACCGAGCAUGAGUGGUACAGACUCGUUGCUAAGGCCCACCGUUAUUUGGCACACCUCCAGGACAACGGAAUCCACGGCUACUACACCUUAAGCAGCUCCCCGUUUGUAAUGAACGGUGCGCUACUGCUGUACGAUGCGAAAAAUGGAGCCGCGGAGAAGCUUCUUCGUCCCUUUCAGGACUUCUUGAAGAAGCACGAAACCGUCGUCACCGCUAUAGUGCAGCCCCUCGUCACACUGCCCUUGUACGAUGUUAUUCAAAUCAUGCCAUCCACCGAGUCUGUCGGCAAGGCAGAAGUGGCUAGAGCGUCCCGGUUCAUUCCACGAAGGGUGGUUGAAGAAGAUGUUGAACGCUUUGCGGACGUGUUGGAGCUCGUCAUGUCUCGACAGGAUGCUCACGAUGGUGUAUCCUCUCCCUCGAUUUCCGGCACUAUGACGGGGAGUAAGGUCGCCGUCGAUAACGCCUUGAACCCAGCGUGGAGGGAUUCAGUCGUGCACUUGAUUGUCUCCCAAAGCUGGAAUGAAUCGCUCCCAUCGGACCUGCGUGAACAGGCCGUGUUUAAUAUGACGUAUCGCAAAGGACAUGCCCUUCGGCAGCUGGCUCCCGAUACAGGUUGCUACGUCAAUGAGGCAAACUCAUACGAACCAGACUGGCAAUCAUCGCUUUUUGGGUCGCACUACCCCAGGCUUCAUGCAAUCAAGCGCAGCUAUGAUCCAGAGGGUCUACUUUGGUGUCGGCACUGUGUUGGUAGUGAAGCGUGGAUUGAGAAGAAGGACGGAAGGCUGUGUCCUGCCUUUUGAGGCAGGAUGAGUCAAUUAUGUGAAGGGGUUGGAAGGAACAAACGGUACUGUAUAGACUUUCGUCAUUUUACAUCUCACUAUACAUUACGUAUGGACGUUCGGCGUUACAGAUUUGGGUUAAACCAUAUACUGCACAC